CAGUAGAAUUGCACUGCUCUCUCUGUCUCUCUCUCUCUCCCUCGCUCUGGCUCUCUGCGGAAUGCGCACUGCACUUGUGGGUGGGCAAAACGCCGGGCGUUACAGAAAGAGCGAGGUCUGCUCUCACUCAGUCCUCGCUUGAGUGCUCAGGUUUCGGCAGAGUGCCUUGAGAAUCGCUUUUGCCCAGUUUUCUUUUAAAAAGCUUUCUAUUGAGACCUUAAAGAUCGCUUUAACCCUUUCUCCACACUAUUCAAGGGUUGAAUAGCUCUUUAUUACUCUCAAAGAGAGUGUUAGACCCGAGGCGUUGACUCUGUGAGUGCACAUUUAUUUCCUCUAGACAAAUGGCAAAGGAUGAUCAGAAGAACGCGUGGAAGGAGUUCUUCUGGAACCCGAGGACGCGCGAGUUCUGCGGAAGAACCGCGAGCAGUUGGGGUCUGAUCCUGUUGUUUUAUCUGGCAUUCUACAUUUUCCUGGCUGGAUUAUUUGCUCUCACCAUGUACGUAAUGCUGCAGACACUCGAUGACCACAGACCAACAUACCAAGAUAGACUUUCAACUCCAGGGAUGAUGAUCAGACCUAAAGGAGACCAGCUGGAGAUCACUUACACUGUGGAGUACACAGAGACAUGGGAAAGAUAUGUCCAGGCCCUCAAUAACUUCCUCUCACCCUACAAUGACUCAGUCCAGGCCCAGAAGAAUUACGAAUGUAAACCGGAUCAGUACUUUAUCCAGGAGGACAGCGGCAGUUUGAAAAACUUCCCCAAGCGUUCCUGCCAGUUCAAACGCUCCAUAUUGGAGGACUGCUCUGGGACAGAUCGUUACUAUGGUUACAAUGAGGGCAAACCCUGCAUCAUCAUCAAGCUCAACCGGGUGAUUGGUCUGUUGCCUGCUAAUGACGGGCAGCCUCCUUAUGUCAGAUGUGGUCCUAAGAAAUACAAAGUUGGGAAAGAUGAGUGGACGGAUGACUCAGAUAAACUUGGUGAACUGGCGUACUUCCCCCCCAACGGCACCUUCAACCUUAUGUACUACCCAUACUAUGGCAAGAAAGCCCAGGUAAACUACUCUCAGCCUCUAGUGGCCAUUAAGUUUCUCAACAUCACCAUGAAUGAGGACGUCAACGUGGAAUGCAAAAUCAGUGCUAACAAUAUUCCUGAGGGCAGUGAACGAGACAAGUUUGCUGGACGUGUUUCUUUCAAACUCAGAAUCAACUCCAGAGAUUAAAUUGGGGGAAAGUGUGUUCCUUGCUUUUACACACAGACACAGGCACACACACACACACACACACACACAUAGGUCCUCCUCGUCUAAAUGAGUGCAUGAAUAUGCGCAGAAAGCACAGCUAGAGACACAAGCCAGACACAGCAAUCCUGAGCAAAGAUAGAGCAGAGAGUAAUGCUUUAGCAUUUUUCAUUUGAGACUAUAGUGAGGUUGUAGAGAGUUAGCAAGGUUGUUUUUGUGUGUAUUUAUGUGUGUACAUUUGUGUGUGUGUGUGUUUGCAUGGGUGAGCUGAGAUAUUACAGUAUUUAUUUUCUGAAACACAAAAUUUGAAUUGCAUGUUUAGCUAUCAGAGCUAUUCAUUAAAAAUAAUAUAGCCUAUUAAAAUAAUAUUAAGAAUAAGAUAUCAUUUUUAAAAGAGAAAGAGAUGUAAUUUUUCUUCCCUCAGUAUCAGUAGCAGGAAAAAUAUUUUAUCCUAAUUUUAAAGCAGGUGUCUGAAUUCAUGUGGCAUGAUCUCUUGUAUUGGAGCGUCUUUUGUCUGCAAGGAUUUUUUCCCUUUUUUUUGCACGUGUAUAUCAGUUCUAAAGAGCGGUAUUGAAACCUCUCUGAUUUGUGGAUUUAUAAGUGAAGAGGAUUUUUUUUUACCAACAUGUAGAUAAUGCUGUGCAUGAUGAACAUCAGCUCUGCAUUCCUCUCCAGCACACACAAGAAAACUGAUACAUUCGCAUUUCUGCAUUCCUACUGGUUUUGGAGUAGUCUGUACUUUCAUAUGAUGAAGUGUGUCACGUUUCAUUUAUCAUGAGGCGUUUCUAUUUAAGUUUGUUUAUAUGUAAAAAUAGGUCUUUGCAAUAUUUUCCUUUUUUGGCAUGUGUAAUCCAAUUUGUCUCACAUGGUGAGGGGAUAUAACGUUUUGUACUGAAGUUUUGCACCGGCUCAGAGGAUAACAGCAGGCCUGGGUUCAGUUUCAAAUCUGAAAAAUAGAUAGAAAAAGCGUGUUUGAUAUGUGUGUGUGUGAGAAUAUGUGUGGAUUCCUGCAUGUGUGUGUGUUUUAUUUGAUUUUAUUUCUUUUAUGUUAAUCUUUGUGCACAGUUAACUUUUUUUUUGGAUUUUGUUGUAAGUGACUCUAAGCAUAACCAUAGAGACAGAUAGAAAGGCUCUAAGAGCAGGAACAGCAGGUUUAUGUUUCUGCUGAUAAGGGAGAAAUAAGUGAAUCCAUCCCAAUCCUUACCCUGCAUAAGUCAAUAAAACAAAAGACAUGGUCACCAACUUCAUUUCUCAUUAUUUUUUAAAAUCUCAUUGUCUUCUUUAUGUUUUUAAACUUUUAAACUCAUUCUCUGAGGACAUGCAUCUCAUACUCCAUGCUGAGAAGUGUCUUGUGAAGAUAGUUUCAUGUUUAGUGUCAUACGGAGAACUGAUCGCCAAUAAGAACAAACACAUUGUGUCAUAGUAACUGACAAGUGUGUCCACUUCCUCUAAUGCCCUAAUCCUUCAAUCUCAUUGGAUAAUCCUAAAUAGGCAUGGUGCUUUAUACCUACAAUUCCUCAAAAGCUAUCUAUCUAUCUAUCUAUCUAUCUAGAUAUAAAUUGUUAGCUCAUUUACUGAAGAAUAUUCAGUUGAGUGACAAAAACUCUUCUCACUUGAUCACUUUCACAUGUGCGUCUGUGUUGACCUUGGGUGUCUGUAUAUUGCAUAUUUUAUGUUUGUGCAUGGCGAGGUUGUUAUCUGACCCGGCAGAGAAAGCUUCAAAUCAACAGAAUUAAAUAUUCAUUCACCUCAAGCCCCAGAUCACAUAUCAUUACCUUUACCCUGAACACUAGUUCGCUCUGGAGUGAAAAAUCAACAAUAUUUUAAUUAUUGUUCUAAAUUUUGUAGCACCAUGCUUAAAAAAGGCAAAAGAGAAAAAUACAUAAGUGCAGUUUUUAUGCAUGCAAAUGCAGCCAUUUGAAAUAAUGGUUUUGUAAACAGCGCCCCUAGUGUAACAGUUGUGCUGUGCCUCUCCCACAUCACCAACUGUUUCUGCUGGUGAGCUACACCUUUAAUAGUGCAUUAGCAUUUGUUUUAAUAUACAGGAAUCUUCUGAAAAGCAAUAUAUUUAUAUUGUGAGUCCAUUUGGUGUAUAAAAAAAGUUACAUACUAUAUGUGUAUUUUCCUUUAGAUUGGCUGAUCAUGAAGAGAGAGGGUUAUUUAUUGGAAUAUUUAAAUAAAUCUAUACACUGUAAAAAAUAAUUUUUUAAGUCAACUUAAAAUAAUUUGUUACCUGGCUGCCUUAAAAUUUUAAGUUCAGUCAACUCCAAAAAUGUUUAUUUAACUUGAAAAGUGACAAUUUAGAUAUUUGAGUUGAUUCAACUUAUAAUUUUAAGGCAGCUGGGUUACUUACCCAGCUUUUAAGCUUAACAGACACAAAUAUCUAAGUUGUUACUUAGUAGAACUUAACAUUUCAAGUUGACUAAACUUAUUUGAGUUGACUGAACUUAAAAUUUUAAGGCAGCAGGAUAACAAAUUAUUUUACGCUGACUCAACAAAUUAUGUUUUUUGUUUUUUACAGUGUAGAUGAGAAUGGCUGUAUGUAUUUUAAAAUCCCAUGCAAUAUAGAAAAGAUCCUAUAUUUUCAAAGAACCUAUAUUUCUAUUUUUGUUGAUCAUUUAUUAAUAAAAGCAUGAAACAGCUGGGGGAAUGUAUGGCUUUGCAGUAAAUAUUAUACAACACAAGGAGGUCACAAGACUUAAAUCAGCCCAAGAAUGUAAUAAAUCAUUGUCACUUUAAUAGUCUGGACCUCUUUGUAGCCUUUGAAAUACCAAAAUGUAUGCAACUUUUGUGUUUCAUAAAACUGCAAAUGUAACAUUGACAGUACAAGUCAUGGCAUAGCUGAUGAUCUGUUUUAAGUCUCUUGUGAAUAUAAUAACCAACAGAACUCAACAGCUUUUGAAAACUAGAUGAAAAGUAAUUUGCCUAAUGCAUAUGAGUUAUAUGAAUAAGUAUAUACAGUGAAUGCUGUGGUUUAGAUGUGUUUGAACAGGUGGAGUGGGUUGAGUGAACAGGCCACAUCGCAACAACAUCACAGAACAAAACUGCAGUUCAUUUGAUACGACUCAGUAUUCACACAGCACUGGACCUUGAGUAAACUAUGCUCAAAUCUUUAAUGAACAAUGAAAACCUGACAUUAUAUUGACUAGUUAAGUUUAAUUGUCUAAACACGUUAUACUGUAUAUGUUCACAGGCUUAAUCCAAUGUAUUGAAAUAACAAACCUAAUAAAAUGAACAAAAAUA